GUAGGAAAAAACAUGGCGGCCAAAGCAAGUUCCACGUGGUAUCCUGGAUGAUAGCAGCUCUGAAGGCAUUCAAAACCACAAAUUACGACUCCCACUCCUUGAAGAAAUGGCCACUUCACGGAGACCAAAGCGUCGAACCAGUCAAAGAUGCCUGGAAUACAAUAAUGGACUCUUACAUGAAGAAGAGCUAGCAAUCCGCAGAGCACUUCAAGCUUCCCUAAAUUCUUCAAAACACAAAUCGGAUACACCAACAAUAACAAGCAAGUAUGACAAAAACUCCUCUGAUUCACCUGAUUCCACCAGUAUGACCACAAAAGAACAACUUCAAAACAACAAUAAUCUAGCAAACAUCAAAGAAACGCAUACCAAAAGAAAAAAGACAAAGGACAACCUUAUAAGUGAAGAUGGAACAUCAAAAAGAAGUACGACCCCAACAAAAACAACCAAAAAGCAAAACUUAUUAAAAGAUGCCAAAAUAACUAGAUCAAGGAGCUCCUCCCAGAAUUCUUCCAUCACUUCCAAUAGUUCACAUAGCUCAAGCUUUAGAAAUUCCUCUUCUAAACGAUCAGUCAAAAGUUCUUCAAGUGCUUCUCAAACUAGUACUCCAAGUCCAAAAAUUAAAGAACUAUCUCAGAGGAAGCUGCAUAAGAAAGAGAAAAUUGCUAUUAGAGUGAGGAAAAAACUUUUGAAAGACAAAAUCUUGAAGGCAGGAAAAGGUGCUACUAAUGUUAGUGAUUGUGAAAGUACAAAGUCAAGUUUAACUGUUGGUGGAAAUACAAUGCCCAGGAAGGCUAAAAGAGGACGAAAACGGAAAUGUUCUACACCUCACGUCCAAAAGAAGUUUGCUAGCAUCAUUCCAAGUUCUUCAUCUGUUCAUUCCAGCUCAUCAUUGGAGCUAGGCACUUCAGGUCCACUAGAAAAGGCAGAAGACUUUAUUGACUUUCUUUGCCUUAGAGGUCAUCCACUCAUGCCAAAAGAGCUAGAAGUAUUCAACAACAACAACAACACAAUACAACCAUGCGACUUUACUCUAUCUGAUGACGAAUGUCCCUCCAGCCCACCUUCAUCAUUAUUAUCAGAAUUACCAUCAUCACCAGCAUCAUCAAAUCCUCUCCAAAACUUUGUAGAUUCGCCCUGCGAGACUCCCAUCUGUGACACACCUUUGAAUUCAGAAGAUGAUGUGGCAAUAGGGGCUAUCCAUGCGAUGCGUAUGUAUGCCGGGAUUGAGAAUAGACCCAAGACCACCAACGGCAAGGAAGAGAAAGGUGAAAUAACCAUUGCUGAAGUGGAUAGUGAAGAGGAACCCAACAAGAAUCCAAAGUCUGUGACCCCUCCCUUGUCAUUCAGAGUUUCGCCUCGUUCAGCACCCCCCGUAUCUACUACCACCUCGCCAUACUUAAGCCCUUCACCAGGUCCAGUUAUGGCGACUUCACGGUACGUGACCUUACCAUCAACCAGUGGGAUGAACCAAGGUAACAUCGGCGUAGACCUCUACCCCACCCCUGAUGGUUCGGCAUUUGGUUCUCCUCCUCCUCCCCCCUUGUUGCUCAGCCCUAGCAAGAGUUCUUCUUUGUCUUCAAAUAAUUGCUGUUCGCCACCACCGUUACUCUACAUUCCUGCCGCUGCGCAGAGAGUGACCCAUUUGCAUGGCCCGCCUAAACUCGAGAGGGUUCAGACACCCAAUGUGGACGAAGUACAUCGGGAUAACCGAGAAACUAGCCCGCCAGUUUUAGUGAAGCAGAAACCAUCAGAUUUUACUGUCGAAUCUAGAUUUAUACAAGAAGAAAGUGGUAAAAAACCUGAACAUUCAAACAGAGACUCAAAAAAAACUGAAAGCUCUCAAGAGCUAGGGGACCAAGAACUAAGCUCUGGGGAACUCCCUUGCUGUGAGAACUUAUUACCGAGACCAUCUUCAACUGGAGGUAUACCAGGAUAUGAAAAUAGAGCUACUGCAUUGAAUUCAUCUCCAGAAGACAGUAGUUCAUUAGGAAAUAAUUCAAGAACUUUUCAGCCUUACAAAAGAAACUCUCGAAGUUGUCCUCUAAAUUUUAGCGGCAAUGACCGAGUUGAACAAACAAAAAAGACAAAUGACUCAUCUCGGUUGGGAUCUCGAAAGGGCCGAGAUCUGAAUACAAGCACUUCUACCAUCUCUUCACCCAGCAGUGGACACAAGCAUCAAGGAUCCUGUCCAUUACAUUCUUCAAAACGAAGGGAGAAUGAAAGCUCACCGAUAAAGAAAAUAUCAGUCAUUGACCUAAGUAAGGUAGACUCGCCAGAUUCUUCUGUAAGCCUGGGCGGGAGUUCUUUKCUUGAAAAUCUCCAGAGGGCGCACGAUGAAGUUUCACCAGCACGGGAUGGGGCUUGGAGUAGCUGCUGCCAACGUGAAAAGGAGAGUACUUUGGAUCAAAGUUCUAGUACUCAGGAUACAUCAGGUAUUGUUUCUGUAAGCCCCUCACCGAACACUCGUACUAAGACCACUAGUCGUGGUGGUGAAGGAUACAAAACCCCACUGAAUAGCAAUCUGUUAACUACUCCAGCAUCUGAUAUAGAACAAGAUAGGCUCAGCCCAUGUUUACGAAAGCUGCGGCCUGGAUUAUCCACUGGAGGCCGAGUUUCACAGACUAUAACGGAUCGUAGUAGAUCGUUUACAAUUACGAACCUCUCGGAGGAGGCUGCCGCCAGUCCUUUGCGUUGUUCUGUUGAUAAAGCCUGUACGUCUCCGUUUGCACCUGUUAAGGAUAUCAUCACUUCUACACUUACUCCACCAGCAUCGGUAAAUUUUGUAGGGCAAUUCGGUGUGCGCCCGCACCACUUAACAAAUACGCCACCCCCGUUUGAUUGUGGCAUGCGAGAUGCCCUCUCGCCACCCUGGUCGCAUCUUCAACCUUCAUACUCACUGAACAGUGCGCCUCCAACACCGUAUACGUUUUCCAUAAACAGUCCAUGCACUUCUCCUAUACACAAUAACCACUGCUGCACUCCCCAUAGGCAGUACAACACACCUCGUGCUAUCCCGGUCUUACCACCAACCCAUCUACCAUCAUUCCAGCAAGGUAUGGUAGUUACACCAACUCUAUCGCAUUUUAACGGAGAAUUUCGCAGCUCGCACGAGUUUGGGUGUCUUAACUUUGGGCACAAUGUAAGCGCAGCUAUGACGAACCAGACUCAUAAUCUUCCAAGUGCUUUUGAAAACACAUCUAAAAAAGUACAACCAUAUUUGGAAUCAAGGAAGUAUAAUUCUACAAAGGAUAGGGAUCCUAGCUGUGCUUAUUCCAACGAAAAUAAUAGUGACAACUCAUCCAAGAAAAUAACUACUACCCCCACAUCAAACCUUCCAACACAGACCAUUUCAGUAGAUCUCACGACAGACGAUACCAACAUAAUUUCAUCGCAAAGUAAACUGUCUGAAAUGUUGCGUGACCAACAUACGGGUACUGAAGAUUCAGAUCAAUCACGUGGACGUAAAUCUGGUGACGUUAAGAAAUCUAGUGCUGAAGAGAAUGUUAAAAAAGGUGUUGACACUGAAAUCAAAAAACGCCGAGGUCGCCCCCCGGGCUCGAAGAAUAAAAAAACAACCUCGAAAAAUCUUGAAGGAGAAGCGAAUUCCGGGAAAAAAUCUCCCACAAAGGAUGAAACGUCGAAGAACGAAGAAGAGAAAGAGUCUGCAAACGCUAAAGUAGGAAGGACGAAAAAAGUUGAAUCUCCGAUACUCAGGCCAACUGACGAAGAGUUCAAGGAUCCCAUUAAGUAUUUGAAAUCGGUGCAGUCGACUUUGAAGAAGUUUGGGAUCUGUAUCAUCGAUCCUCCGGAAAGCUGGAAGCUCGAGAGUCAUUUACCAGGAAAUCCAAGAUUCACUACAAAACGUCAGCUUAUUCAUCGUUUACAGAAAAGAUGGGGACCUACAGAGAUCAAGCUGGCUUGUAUAGAGAAACACAUACAACAGCAGCAAGACUCCUUUCACUUUACCCAGAUGCCUGUGGUUGGUGGCUGCGAUUUGGACCUGCCAGAAGUUUCUAGGGUUGUUAAUGAACUUGGUGGAAUGCAGAAGGUAAUCGACACCAAGAAAUGGAAUAAAGUCGCAGAUCUUCUACGAAUACCGAAAUCCACUCAAGAUCGCGUUGGUAAACUACAAGAUGCCUAUUGUAAAUACCUACUGUCUUAUGACCUACUACCCGAGUCAGAAAAGGAAGCACUAGAAAAACAAGUAAAGCAAGAAAUACAGGAAUCAGAAUCUAAAGAGGAUGCGGAUCAAGAGAAGUGUUAUUUAAAGGGCCGUAGUUUUUCCAUGGGUUGUUUUCAACGUACUGCACGCAGUUUUCAAGAUCAUUUCUUCAAAUCUGAACCAUCAGUUGGUGAUGUUGAGAGAGAAUACUGGAAAAUAGUACAAUCACGUGACAAAUAUGUAGCGGCCCACCACAUCAAGUUAGACACGCGGCAACACGGUUCAUGCUUCCCAACCAGUAAAACAGACCCCUAUACCAAGUCGGGUUGGAAUCUAAACGUUCUUCCUCAUCUUAAGGGAUCGAUACUUAGACAUGCAGGCCAAGUAGAAGAUUUAACAAUACCCUGGUUAAAUAUCGACAUGUUGUAUUCUACCAAGCGAUGGACAACCAACCCACUGCAGACAUAUCUUAUUGACUAUCUACAUUCAUCCAUCGACAAAGUCUGGUACGGUGUUCCAGAAUCAGACAUAGAAAAGUUUCCUUACACAAAGAAAGAUAGUACAAACGACUUUGAAGAUGGAGAAGCAAUGGUGUCUCCUUCACAUAUGACACGUGAAUCAGAUGUGAAUGUUACAAGACUCGUCCAGAAACAAGGCCAGUUUGUGGUUAUUGCUCCCGAGGUGUUUCAUUGUAAUAUUAGCUGCGGUUAUUCAGUUUCUGAGACUGUUGCCUUCGCCUUUCCUGAUUGGUUACUGAAGGCAUCAUCUUUAAACACGGAACUUUUCACUGAGUGGCCAGGGUUUUCCUACGAGAAGGUCUUACUGAAACUCGCUGAUGAGGUAACAGACUCUGACAAGGAGGUAUUAGAAUGUCUUCAUCGAGAACUAAAGCGAGUCAGAGACAGAGAGAUUUCAACAAGGAAAGAGCUCAAAGGAUUAGGAGUAAUAGAAGGUUCGUGUACUAACACGACCUCUAAAGGAGUGCAAACCAUCAAGACAAAGUCUGGCUGUAUUCAGGUCCAUUCAACUGCCAUGUUCUGUGGACAGUGUAAUCAGUUGUGUCAUCUGUCUGCUGUUCUUAGUGAAGAGGACUCUGAACUGUUGUGCCUGAGCGAUGCUAUCGAUUACAUCCGAGACGAAAACUCUUCCGAGUCCUUAUCGAUUGUCACGAAUUGUUCAGUGUCCCAAAUAGACGAGGUCAUCGAAUCUGUUCAAAAUAAGUUAAACCACCAAGAAGUUAAGAAGAAACAGCUUUGACGAGUGCAAAGAUGAUGACGACAAUGAAUAUGAUGCACACUGACGCAUGCGUUAAAAUUAAUCUCCUCUGGCCAGUCAUGUUGCUGUUAGAAAACACGAACGUCAGGCAUUAUGGGUGUUAGUACAGAAGGUAAGAAAAGAAUUAGGUAGAUGUGCAAAAAUAUUAGAUACAAAGCUACGCGAUUUAUUUUAAAAUGCCGUUCCGCAACAUAAGGUAACUAUAGCAACGCGCUAUGACGGGAAGUAAAAUAUGUAAAUUAAUUUAACGUUUUAUUGAGAUAUAUAUUGAGUUCUGUUAGUGAGUUUAUGUAAGGAGGUGUUCAUUCGUUAGGGCAUGUUUUCAUAUUACUUCCUUUUCUCUUCGAUGGUGGACAAAGAUUUUAUUGUCCCCCACCCCCCUCCCCCCAAAAAAUCCCUUCUUAUUGUUUUGGCUAACUCCCAAAUAUUUUCAAAAAUUUGAUACACCCUAGCCACUGAGCUUUUCAAAGCAGUUUAUUCCCCCCCCUUCAACCCUAAUUGCCCUGAUUAACGAAAGCCCCCUUUGUUGGAUCGAGAGGUAGUCACGUGAUAGUGCUUCAGUUAGAAUGGAGAUAUUUCGAUGCGAUUUUAAGUUGCGUUCUGUUCAGAUUUCCAUCGUGCAAGAUAAUGCAUGUUCCAUGCUAUGGCUGCAAAUGAAGGAAAAACUAGAUUCACAGUUAAUGGGGAACCCAUUCGAGUUCAUUGGUGGUAUAUGACCGCCGGCUCUCGUCACGUCCCCAGAUCCAUAUUUGAUAUUUGUGAUAAUAAGAAUCCUAAUCCUAAGAUACAAGAAAGAAAACCUGGCAUACCAGGGCCCGGUUGUACGAAGGGCGGAUAGCGCUAUCCGCUGGAUAAAUCCUUAUCCACUGGAUAAAGUGAUUCUGUUAUCCAAUAAAUGGAUCCACCCUUCGUACAACCGGGCUCUGAAGCACUAGGGAAAGUUUCAAAUGUUCAUAUUCUCUACUUUCACAUCCCCGUAAUACUUUGCGUCUUUGGGGGGUAACCAGAGGGUAAAAAGCCAAUUAUUUUGCUGAAGACAAUGUUGACAAUACCUUGU